CGGGCUUCAGACCUGGCCAAUCAGGAGUCGCGCGGAGGGGACUUUCCGUGAGGAAGAAGCAAGUUCUGCAAAAGCAGCUUUGAACUCUGCCGGCCAGGAUUCAACUUCUGCAAGAAAGUGGAGUGGUUCAGUUCCUGUAGGAGAGGCUGCGAUAACAGGAUCUCUGGAGCAACAAGCAGGAAUUUGAAACGAACAGCGAUGACUAAUGCUAACACUAAAUUUGCCCUCGACCUCCUGAGGCAGCUCAGUGCAGAAAACGGAACAGAGAACAUUUUCUUUUCUCCAUUAAGUAUAUCAAUGGCUCUGUUAAUGGUCUACCUUGGUGCUCGAGGCAGCACCGCUAUUCAGAUGGCCAAGGUGCUGCAUCUUGGAGCUGAGGAACAACCCCAUUGUGGAUUCCAGCAACUCCAGUGCAAUGUGAAUAAACCCAGCCCUUCUCAUCUUCUGAAGACAGCAAAUGGUCUCUAUGGAGAAAGAAGUUUCAACUUUCACUCAGAAUAUAUUGAAUCCAUAUCCAAAUUCUACCAGACAGAGCUUACUGCUGUUGAUUUUGCAGAAGAAGCAGAAGAGGCCAGAAUCCAGAUCAACUCAUGGGUGGAAGAACGGACUGAGGGCAAGAUCCAGAACUUGUUAGCUCAAGGUGCAGUUGAUUCACAGUCAAAGCUUGUCCUUGUGAAUGCUGUCUACUUCAAAGGGAUGUGGGAGAAGAAGUUUAAUGAAGAAGCUACCAAGGAGCGGCUAUUCAAGUUCAGUGAGGACGAAUCCAAGCCGGUGAAAAUGAUGUACCAAAAAGGAACAUUCAAGGCAUCAUUUAUUGAGGAGGUUGCAACUGACAUCCUAGAGCUCCCUUAUGUUCAAAAUGAGCUGAGUAUGUUAAUCCUGCUACCUGAGGAAAUUGGUGGACUCGAGGAGCUUGAGAAAAAGCUGACAAGUGACAAAUUACUGCAAUGGACCAGCCCAGAAAACCUGGAUCCGUCCGAAAUGUCGGUUUACCUGCCCAAAUUUAAGUUAGAAGCAAAUUACGAUCUGGAAUCUACACUUACACUGAUGGGAAUGUCAGAAGCUUUUGACUGUAAAAGUGCGGAUUUCUCGGGUAUGACAGUAGUAGGCAGCCUGUCUUUAUCCAAAAUAGUUCACAAAUCCUUUGUGGAAGUUAAUGAAGAAGGAACUGAAGGAGCAGCCAGCUCACAGGCCACCAUGAUGUUUCGGAGCUUACACUUUGAAAAUGAAUUCAUAGCUGACCAUCCAUUCCUAUUUUUCAUCAGGCACAACAAAACUCAAAGCAUCUUAUUCUUUGGAAGAUUCUCUUCGCCUUAAACAGAUAUUUUACUUGUGUUGCAAUUAGCGCCUAUUAUUUGUCUGCCUGAUAUGCACUUAACAAUCUUAUUUAUAUAGGAUUGCAGCAGAACAUUUCAGAAUGAACAAAUUUACUUGAUAAAAGAAUUACUGUGUAGUUGAAUUUCACAUGAUCUGAGUUGCCGUGUAUUCAUUAUUAUUUUGGUACCAAUUAAAUUUAAUAUUUACACUCAAUUAUUAUAGAAUUUCAGAGCAUAGAAAGUGCUAGUUGUCUGAAAGAGCUCACUGUAUAGUUCCCCUGUCGUGUCCAUUCCCCAGUCCUACAUUCUUUUUAGUUGAUCAAGUUAAUUGACUUGCACCGUCAAAUGAACAUUUAACUGCACUGCAAAUCAAACAACAUACCUGAAAAGAUAUGAAUCAGUGUUCUAUGAACUCACCCAUAUUACACUGCAGAAGCUGACAAUAGACUAAGGCAAUAAUUAUUGUAAGGAAACAGGAGCUUCAUUAUGUCAAAGUAGAAUAUUGUAAUUACAUUGGUCAGAUAAGUGGUGGAGUUGGAUAGAAAUUUAUUUGCUUUGUGCCUGUUGUGCCUAUCUUUCCAAGUAGGUAUUGGCUCCACUGCUUGACACAUUCUUUCAGUGUCUAUAAAUACCUAAAAAAUGUGUCAAGCAGUGUGUAAAUGCAAGUGAAGGAUCUCUUUACAAAAUUAAUCAUUGAUAACUGGGAGGCAGUCUGUCUUCACAGUUUCAAACCAGACAUGCUCACUUGAAAAAAUUUAAAAAUGCUGUCUGUGGAAUGAGAACCAGAGUGCUACCCUUGACUCCAGUCCUGGGAUGAAGUGCACCCUGAUCUUAGAUGAGAUCUGGUACACCUCAAAAUCCAAUUCUGCAAAGUACGGACAGGUUGAGUGGUGCUUGGGGUUUUAGACAGGGCCCAAUUUCAGGCCAGUCUAAUUGGGUGCAAUUCACUGAGGGCUGUGCUCACCCAAGCCUGUGCUAACUUCCACAUCAUGUUUAAGCAAUUGCACAGUGAUGGCAUAAAACCUAUCCUGUUCAAUAAAGCUGGACUUCACCAUUCUAAACUGCUCCACGAGCCUAACUGACACAGCAGUCCACAGACUUGAUCAAGCUGUUACAAGAUCACUUCAUUUUGUUUAGAAGAAAAUAAGAUCUGGAUAUGCAGUCUUGCAAGUUAGUUUUUUUGCUGUGACAUGUCAUAAGAUUUCAAGACCAUGUCUCAGACUGCUACAUAAAAUCAAUCUGAUCACCAUUUCUUCAUUUUGUACCAAUGCUCUGCGAGGAUGCAAAUGUCUACUUCAUUGUUCCAAAUCAUUGAAAAGUUUAAGCACAGGAGCAGCAAAGCAAUCUCAAGUCUUGAGGUGAUGCAUCUGCACGUGAACAGGAUUCUGCAU